AUGACUGCAGAAUUUAUAUUCCUAGUUGCUACAACAUAUCAUUCACAAACAAGUGGGCAAGCUGAAGUGUUAAACAGAGAAAUAAAGCAAAUAUUAGAGAAGACGGUGAGUGUGAAUAGGAAGGAUUGGGCUGCAAAGUUAGAUGAUGCCUUACGGGCGUAUAGAACUGCAUAUAAAAUGCCAAUUGGGGCGUCCCCUUAUAAGCUUGUUUAUGGGAAGGCAUGUCACUUGCCCGUUGAACUUGAACACAAAGCAUACUGGGCCAUUAAGAAGCUGAACAUGGACCUUGAAGUUGCGGCCGAGAAAAGGCUUUUGCAGUUGAAUGAGUUAGAUGAAUUCAGGCUAAGGCUAUUUCCUGGAAAGCUAAAAUCGAGAUGGUUAAGCCCAUUUGAGGUGGUGAGAGUCACUCCUUAUGGUGCAAUUGAGAUGCGAGCUUUAAACGGUGAAAGAAAAUUUUUGGUGAAUGGACAUAGAGUCAAGCACUAUUGGGGAGGAAUAAUUAAUCGUGAGAAGACCAAGGUUGUACUCGCUGAUGAGAUAUUAUGGCUCGUGAUGGUUCUAGCAAAGGCAAGGGCACUGGAAAGUUCUCUACCACUUCCCCAGCGCCCAAAAAGCGAAAGUAGGGAGAAAGCUCUUCACGGCAAUCCAAAGGAAAACAGGGAUUUCGUGCCAUAUGGGCGGUAUGUCUCCGAGAUUGGGAUCAAUAUCAAAGCUUUGGAAUGA